AUGUACCUUUUUAUUUGUGUAGUCAGUGUACAAAGAGAACGCGCAUACCUUCAUGACCUUGCUAGCCUCCAACUUUUCAUCUACCUAUUUGCUCCUGUAAUGGAACUCCUGAGAUGUGAGGAUUUCGAUACAUUGAAGCUGGAGUCGGGUCUUCGACUAUGGGCUCCUCUAAUGGUCCACAGACAACCUUACGAGGGCUCAUUUCCAGUUCCUGUAAAACCCCCGACCACCCUUGGUGCUUCAGAAGUCCUAGUAAACCCCCUAAGAAGCUACACUGAUCAGUUUGGCCCACUACCCGCAAUCUUUCGGCGUUCCGGAGAGCGGUUGAGUGACGAAAGUGCGGUCGGGGUCAGCAAAACCACUGGCCAAAGAGGGGCACUCAUGCCCCACUCCACUGCCCCCUUCUAUCCUGCUUCACCGAAUUUAAACAUCCCAAACGCGGAGUCUUCUGAUGAGGAUUCAGCAUGGUAUGAUCGACAUUCUGUGCCCGUUGGCACAGUUGCUGCCAAAUCACAGGACUCACGUCCCGUAGUUCCAAUGGCUCAACUUAACGACAUUUGCCCGGUCAGUCUCAAAGACACGGAUACGGAGGACUCUUCGCCUUAUCACUCAGACUGUGUCUCUGCUAAUCGAAAGCAGCUUCUGUUCAUAGUCCUUAUAUUACAGCAGGACCAGACCCUUGAAGAGCAAAUUCACUCCUUCACUCAGACCGUGGUCAAAGAACUAAUGGCCACAGACACCUUAUUGGCAAGUCACUGCGAUCUGGCUGUUAUGCGGUGCCUGUUCUCACCUGAGUGGUCCGAAGCCGGGGCGUUCUGGGCAACAAGAUACACCUACCGCCGCCUCGUCUUCCUCCGCCACGAGCGCCUGCGCGAAGCGGCCGAGUCGCAUGCUCAAUCACGAUUUCAACGAUUCCGUGCCAAACUCCCUGACGCCUACUUCUGUGGGGACGCAGUGCUGGGCCAAGGUGCGGACUUGGGUGUCCUACGCAGCAUCUCGAUGCCCCAGUUCGUGUCACGCGACUUGCCGCAGCCUGGAAAUGACAUGCCGGAUGGUUCAGUUGGCCUGAAGAACGAUGAAGACAAAGGCAGUGCCGAAGGUCGUAGAAAAAUGUUCAUAAUUGGUGCCAGCGGAGGUGAUGAAAGACACUCGACGAGUCUAUCACAAAAAUCUUCUAGCUCCGAUCAGCAGUCCACAACAAUGGAGGCCCACCAGCUGUCAGUUCCGCUUCAGGCGCGCAUCCCGGAGCCCACGUCCUCCCCCACGCUGCAGCACUUCUCUGGUGACUUUCCCGCCUCUCCAGUUCGCUAUGUGGUCGGAGAUAUCCUCAUACCACCUGCCUCUUCCGGCAUUUUCCAUAGACGGAAACAGGGCUACAAAGCAUCGAUGGAGACCACCAAGGCUCCCAAGAAGCUUGGUGUCUUCGAACUCAAGGAUCGCUUUUCACGGCGUGGUAAGACCAGACUCGAUGCUCCAUCUGCGGUUUAUUCUGGGAGUCACAAUGAGUCAAUGUUUGGAGAGUCCUCCAGUUUCCUUACUGUGCCCGCGGCUGAUUCAAAGCAAAUGGACAGUGCCAGUGGAGGCAUUCUACGCAAGUCAAUAAAAAGCCCCCUCUCACCGAAAUCCAGUUCCGAUCUCAUUGAUCUCCGCGAUGACAGGGCUCUUGCGGGAAACGCAAAGUCACAAACUUCACUCAACGAAGCCCGCUUCUUUGGCAGUGACGUUACAAUGAACCCAGAUGAAGCAACGGACAGUCAAAAUUCAAUUGACACUGCGUCCGCAAAUUGGGAUCCAAGUGCUGGGUUUCUUCUGCAUCGGUGUCAUUCGGAUACAAAUUUUGGUUUAAUUCAAUUUAUUUUGUUGUCAUUGCAACAGAUCGAUGAAGUUACGGGGUCAAAUCAUUACAUUACAAGGGAUGGACGAAUCAACUGCGAAACAGUGCUUCGUGGUCUAUAUUGGAUAUGCAACCUCCACAACUCUCUGCGCAUAUGCGAGUACCUUCUCAAGAACGUCUUCUGUCUAAUCGAUCUAUGUCAGUUAACAUGGGAGAAGCCCAAGCGCAGAAGAAAACACAAGCCAAGUCACUAUUACAGACACACGCGCGAGGAAUCGGCCAACCCUGCAACUGGUCUCAACACUGCGGUGAACAAACGCAUCCAUGGUCGCCAUAAUCUGUACUCUCGGAGUAAAUCCAUGGCUGUUCCAGGAAUCCACCUGAGUCUUAAUUCCACCGCUGGCUACGCUGGCAAAACUUCGCAAGCUCGCUCCCGCGGCUCUUCAGUUGUAACACACAACGAAGUUGGCAGUGCCGAGAAACUGGCUAAGGUCAAUGGCGGCGGAAGAUUACUCCCCUUUGGUCGAAACAGAAGCCGACGCCAACCUUUCACUGACGAUGGGGCUGAUAGAUCGGCAGAUGUUAGUUCCGAUGAAGAAAACAGUACCUCGAGGAGUUUUCGAAUGCACCAAUCUCGUCCUACUUUCCAUAAGUCUGAUAGAUAUCUUAAUGUAGACUGCCCUGCAUUGGCCCAGGUACGCUUUCAACCCCGUAGACUAUCAUUGAGACAACGGUCCUUCCAAAAUCGCUGCGUGGGCGAGAUUCCUGUAUGCGGGUCCAUGCGGCAGCUACCAAAUAAGCUUCUAGUGGUUGAAAAGAGACCACAGAGAAGAAUCAGGGCCGUUAGGAGCAACAUGAUUGAUGACAAAACACCAGAACAAUCGCGUGAACGUCGGAAGCGCGCUACCAUAAACUUUAGCCUGAUUAUGGAAAUUCUUGUUAAGAUAAUCCGAGGGCUGGGAUGUUCACACAGCCACUCAAACGAAUGGGACGGUGGGUCGCGCCGCGUCGCCACAGGCGCGGGUCACCAGGGCACUGCCUCCGCCGCCGCCACCUCCGUCUCCACGCCCACGACACUGCGUCGGCACACCCACGAGUGCCUGCUACGCAUGUUCACGCUCAACCAAAACCUCUUUUAUUACUUCUUCUCUCGUCUCAUUGCAGCUGCGCCCAUCACCGAGCUAAUGGAAUUCCUACACGGCCUAACCAGCUUCUGCCUGGAUCCGGUCGUAAUGAAUCCCAAUCGACCUGGUGAGCAGGACAAGAAAUUAUUUUGCAUGCCAUCUUUACCUGAAGGAUUCUCGGAGAAGUGGAGUUAUCACAACAGUUUUGGCCAAUCGUUCACCGGUGAGGGAACAAGAGGGGCUGAGGGGGUGAUUAUUGCCAGCCUGAUGGGUCCUCUGGUGCGCCGUUUCGUUCGUUGCCGUCGAGAACUGGCAACGCAGGAGAAUAUAAGCCUCUUCACCGAAAUUCGGCAUUUUCUCACGUACCUUAAAGCAAUUCAUGGGAACACCUUCAGGAGGGCUCUCCUCUGUGCUCUCCUCUGUCCCAUUCGAACGGUUACAGUGAAGACUCAACAGCCCACGUCACUUUGCAGACCAAGAGCGCUUUCUGGGAGGAAUUCGCUGUGGCCUGCGUCCGCAUCCAAACGACCCUCGAUGAUCGUCACAUCUGGAGAUCUCGUCGACGCAGGUGACACGAUCUCGGGCGGGCAGAAUAAACGGAUGCUGUUGACUCAGUCCACAAUCGGACAAACCUGGAAACCAAUUAUAAUUAUUUUAAUUUCAGGUGACCAGAAGCCUUCCAAACUUGUAACCGAAAGAAAACUUAUCGACUUGCUAGCACUGAAGGAAAACCUGCGUGACUUUACCUUCCUCCUUGAGUGCUUGGAACCUGGAACGUUGCCAGAACCACAACUGGCUGCCUCAUUCCUUGACUUGAACGCGCCAGUUUUGGCAAGGGCCUGCCUUCUUCUCGAGUGUGCCUACUUUGUAAAUCGCUGCAACCGAGGCGAAUGGCCGUCCUGGAUGAAGAUGAACUUUCCCAUGCCGAUGCAGCAGGUGGAGCAUAAUUCGCAGAUCACCGCCGCCUCGCAGCAGCACAUCGCCAUCUCAAUUUCUGGACCGACGGGCAAUUCGGUUAGCGAUGCAGGCGAUCAGAAGGUAGCAGGAGCUCGUUCAACCACGCAAAUCCAGUGGGCCGCAGGCCGACUAUUUCAUAGUUGGGCUGAAGCUUUGGGAAUUCGUCUUAUGACAUUUUUGGAAGGAUGCUCUUCAACUGAAAUAUGCCUCAGUCGUGACUUUCAGAGUGAUGAAGAUUUCCUCGAUGAUGGCCCCAACGCUCGUUUCUGCCCCACUUCGGAGCCAAUGAGCUGCACGGACACAAUACGAUCACGAUGCCCUAGAGCCACGGUGAACCCGAAUGGAGAUAGUUGUCCCUACGCUCUGCUUGUCAUGGCCGUGCAGCUCCUUAAUGAGAUAACCGCUUUCUUGCGAGAGUCCCAUCAGCACAUCGCGCGUGCUCAAGCCACAGCGACCACCGGGUUGUCGCGUUCGGCGUUGGAACACUUCAACCAAUGGGACGGUGGCCCAACGGGAUCGUGCCUACCCGGUCCGUGCGGCCGCCGUAGUCAUGCGGCGUCUUCAACCGGCGCAAGCAACGCUGCAACUGGCGCACUCAAGUCAACCAAGCGCCGCCUCAGUAUACUAAUGCCACUCUUCACCCAGUAUUCGGUGGCUUCUGAAGCGAAAGAGAAGUGCAACUCGGUUUACAUUGAACUGUCAAAUGUACGCAGUGAGGAUGGAGACACUAACUCAAGGGCUACUGACGAUUACGAAACCAUCCAUCCUUCAUCUGCAACAGGUGGUCACAGCAGCCGUCAGAUCAGCUUCGCGAUCAACGAAAAUGACCGCCAACGAUGCAACUCACUUCAAGGUAGCCUUUCUUCGUUGGAUGUUCAAAGUGAGGCCGUAGAAAAACCUGUGCGCAAGUCGAUUCCAAAAAGCUUGACAAGGAAACGUCAGCGUUCCGGUAGUUUUAGACAGUCUUUCCAGUUAUCCUCGCUGAUGAACGUUCCGCGAACAGCAAAAACCGAAUCUGGCAAACUUUUCAAGCCGGUUGGAUUUUGGUUUACUCAACCGCCUAUUGCUAAAAUAUGUGUUAAUUUAGGGCUGCGUCGCAUGUCCUCUCGUGCAAGUACCUCAGGUGGUGAAUGCCAAGGCAGUGGUGGCCGUGAUUCAAGCCAAGAUGAUGGUUCCACUGCCUAUGCUAACCACGGAAGUCGCCAUAUUCAACUCCCAAAUCUCCGCCCAGAUGCUCCUACUAUAUAUGGACGACGAUCCGACAGCGGAGAAGGCCUGGGAGUUGGGGAUUUUGAUGGGGACGUCGAGCUAAAUAAAAGAUCACCGAGACGAGACAGACGGCGCACUUCUUUGGGUGCAGGUCGUGAGCCUUCUCGUUCUUCCUCAUCCCGCACGCACAUUCAGGCUCCGGUUGCAGAUGUGUAUUCUUCGAAUAUGCCUUGGAUGCCUGCCGUUAUUGCUUUUGCAAAGAAGUUAAUGGGAAUAUGCGGCAUACUUCCUCAAAGAAACUUUGUACUAAUAUGGGAUGACGUGAGUCUCUGUCAUAAAGCUUUAACUCCUUGUAUUUAUCAAAGGACUAAUUUUGACUGCAAACACCAACCUUUCUGCGAGCCCAACUGCUUUGACCGCCAGCAACAGCAACUUAGAUCACUUGUUCAGGCCAUCCGUCAGGUUUACUCAGCGCCAAAUGAGUCGAGUUUCAUUCGCUCGGUGGACGAACUGCCCGAGGGUCGUCGCGUUCGGCGAGUUGUGGGAGAAGCGAAACCACCCAGCGCGACCGACUCUCACCCUAGCAACGGUGGUCUCUCCUGCCAGUGUUCCUCAGACUCUUUCGGUGGGGGCGUCGGUGGCGGUUGGAACGAGGAGGAGUUUGCUUUCUCUGACGAAGAAAAUGGAGCAGCCAAGGAAGGUGAAGGGGGAGAUGAACUUGAAGAGCAUUUUCGGUUUACUCCACUCCUACGUGGAGGUGGGUUAGGUGCUGCGGAUUUGGCAAAUGGCUUCAAUGUCGGUGGUGGUGGUGGUGGUGGUGUUAUUACUGAUCCAGAGUUGGAAACUUCGGCGUCAAUUUUACAUCGGGUUUUUGGUGGUGGCGAUUCCUUGGACAAAAAGAACACACUGUUUUCCAGAACAGCCAAGCGAAAGGAAUCUACAGCUGCUUUGUCGAGUUGGCGUGAGGCCACUACGCCAAUUUUCGACCGCUUUCGUCGAAAAGGAACCCCCAAACGUGGUGCACUCUCUUCAGCUGGUGCCUCUGACGAGGGAGGUGGCUUCAGCGGUCCCGGAGCGCUCUCCAGUCUGAUGAAUUUGAGCCUUCUAGCUGGUGCGGGAAUGGGCCUCACAGCUGCCAAUUCCUCGCCUUCGUUGGCUCGACUCCUGGAAGUUGUAAAGGGUGGAAUGACGUCUGGAGUUAUGACUUCAAUCGAAGGCGAGGAAGCGCAGUCUGAUGAAGGGGAACAGGGAAAAACCAAGAUUCGUCCCCAAGUCCAGUCGCUGCGUAGCAGUUUCUUCAAUCUCCUAAACAAGGGAGCUCUUCUACUCACCCCUGAACAGCUUGAGGACAUAGUCCCAAUGGCCUGGGAAUUGCUACUGGAGGCCGAUCCGGAGCUCACUAGUAGUGCAGCUUCCUUAAUUCUCUUCGCCUCCGUGAAGUGUCCCUCCUUUGUUCAAAAACUCCUGUAUACAGAACUCCAGCACAAGGAUUUAAAUAACCGUCUUAAUGCCGUACUUAGGGUCCUUUGGACAGCUAGACAGCAGGUCUGGUCUCGACUAGAGGAUGGAGCAAGCCACUACCUCAAAGUUCCGCCUCCUCUGAUUGAGUACGUCCUCCCCUCGCCGACCCUCGGGAACCCGUCCACACAGGUUCCCGAUCCUGCCUGGGAGACAAGGAAGGGCACCUCAGCAGAAGAGGUUCAGUUAAAACAAAACGAAGCAACGAAAACCUUUGUUACUGCGUCGACCAGUCGUCGAAAGCAGCAGCAAGAGCUACUGGCCAGGGCGGUGACUGCAGCGAAAUUGGCGCGUGAUGAGGCAAGACGCAUGUUCCACCUGACUACCUGCUCCAUUCUCGAGUUAGCAGCUACGGAGGCCAUUUUAUCAAAGGACCAUCGUAGUGAUGAGACGGCAGGAGGAGAGGAUGGAAAUACCGGAAUGACAAAUUCGGUGGUACAGGAGGAAUUUAAUUUGGCAGCCAGGAAGGUCAGUUUCGCCCCAACGAACCGGAGUCUCAACAUGCAAUCACGCAGUUUUUCUUGGCGCAAUGGAUCAAUCCCAAUGUUUCGGGAUAACGUCACCCUUUUCGAUGACGAUGACUCCGGGGGUUGCAAUACCACCAUGCCUCUCAUCCAUCAGCUCCAAAUGGCACAAACCUUCUUUCCCUCAUGCAUCUGUGCUGCUGUUUUGCCGCUCACAAAUCUAAUGGAUGACUCCGCGGUUAAUAACGAAGGAAUAGCAGUAAGCUCUGUCGUUGAAAAGGUGAUUUGGCAGUGCCUCUUAGAAGAUACUAGCCUCUUUUUGAGGUAUAUUUUCGAGAAACUUACCAGAGUUCCCCACAAAGACGACCUCGUCUCAAUCAUCCGAAAGCUGGUCCAACGUCUUCCUGAACUUCCAAUGCAAACAGCUCACAUACUCUUCAACAACCUGGUUGGUUGCAUAAUGUUUCAUGUGCGGACUCCGAGUUUCGAUGCUCCAGACUCAAUCGCCAGUAUUCUAUGCGUGCUUCACACUAUUAUACCAUAUGUCAAGAACGUAUACUUUAAGGACUUGAAGCAAACACUACGACGUGAGCAGAUUGAUUCAACUUUGCUGGUUACUGCAUGCCUCCCGUGUGCCAAACAAUUCAACGUUUUCUGCGACACAAUUUGUGUGGCUCAGUUGGUAAAACUGCAGGAUGACAAUAAAGACUAUCGAUUUAGCGAUAUUCUGACAGAAGCACUAGAAGGCAACGGUGUACCCCACAGUGAACAUCAUCUUUAUGUUCUUUGCGAUGACCGCUCAAACAUAAUUCGGAACUCCAAUCAUUACGUGCGUGACUUCUACCCCUUUAAGCGAAACCACAUCCCGAAGCUGAGGUUAAUGCGCGUAGACAGAGACACGGGUCAGCAAUUGCUCCAACGAAACGCGUUCAGCUUAAAGGUUCAAGAGGUCGGAAAGUUGUUACUGAUGAAGACCAUCCUGCAGACAACAGCACCUUCCCAUAUGUCGAACCAUCUGCUUUUUCUGCGUGAGGAGCUGAUCAAACUCCCUUCCUUUCCACGCAAAGCCCUUGAAGCGGAGUUUACUCUAUACGAGUCAGGGGACAUGGGAAAGUCCCUCUUUGCGGUGGAUUCCAUGCACAAGUUGACCUGGUGCCAGCUGAUAAACUCCAUGUUUCAAAAGAUGACUUCCACAUUUCCUUGGUCUAUCGACUUUCAGCUCUUUCUUAACGUCUACAAUGGUACUCUCGUAUUGCAUGCGGAGGAUGCCACAAUCCUGCGUCAAUGCAUGGCUUUCUAUUUACAAUGCUGCUACCAGUUUAAGAUGAUCUUUUCAGUAAAUGGCUACUUGAGCAUCAUACCGACCAUCAUCAGGGUCUACCACAGCAAUCAGCACAACGAAAUUCUCAAACAAGCCAUUGAAUUUACAUUCAAGCAAUUCUACAUUAUGCACCGAACUCCCUUCAUUCUGCAGAUGUUUGGCAGCAUCGCCAACUACAUUGAUCUGUCGCCUGAGGAGACGUUUCAGCCUACCUUUUAUCGGGUUCAAGCCGAGACGCUUUAUCAGCUUCUGCGCGCCAUCGGAAGAGAUAUGCAAGACACCUUAGGGAUUCUCCAGCUGUGUGGAUUUUCCAAACCCUUAAAAGCUCUGGACUUUUGUUAUGCUGAUGACUCGCAGAGUUGGUCAAUAUUUGAAACUAUCAACCUUUGUGUUACCGUGCAAGUUUAUGCCCCGGAGUCUUACCGCUCGCGACAGAUGAUGAUUAUACUGCAAGCGAUUUUACCCUACAUUUUGCGGGAUUUGCCGAUUAUUUGCUGUGAGGAAUGCACUGGAUCGGAUGUACGAAAGUUUGAAAUCCAGGUCAUUCAGCAGCUUUCUGUCAUGCUGAAGCAACUCAUCUGUACAACUGAAUGGAUGACAAGGAGGGCAGACGAUGCAAAAUCGGUCACGUCUACUAGUAUCGGUGGCGCCUCUGUUCCGGGGGGUCCACGUGGCCUGGGCGGCGCUUCAGUAAAACGUCUCGCUACGGCUGAUCAACCUCCAAAGGUGCCGGAAUGGGCCUCGGCAAUUUCAGGCACUUGCUCGAACCUUCAGCAGCAGACCCGAAGACCAUCACAGCGUGAUUCCCCUCGCUUAGAUUCGUCUCAAGUCGCAGGUCGCAGGCCACCCUCGGCCGAUUCGACGAGCAAACGUUCUUCUCGUCGUCAGCUAAGGAGAGCGGGAGGUUCGUUUAGCACAGGUUCGGGGGCUCUGAAGAAAACUGCUUCCUCUGUGCUCGGAGGCAGUGGUGGGGGCGGAGGAGGAGGACUUGGUGAUGGUGGGUAUCACAUCAGCACUCCCGCUGGUUGGCGUAAGUCGAGCACUGAACCGCGAGAAGCGAUUCUACAAAUCGCCUCCGAAUUCUUGACUGCCGCUCAUCGACGACUUGCGGAUCUCGGUGAGAAACAGAAGUCGUCAGAAUUAUUUGACGGAAAAGCCUUCAUGCGCCUCUCUGAACUGGCACAAUCAAUUAUUAAACAGUUUCCCCACAAUGUCGGCCUUUUAAGGAGUCAACCGCUGCAGCGCUUUUUUCUGGAGGUUUUACCUCUAACCGACUGGAGCCACGAAUCUCUUCGCUCUUGCAAAGCCCUCGAAACCCUGGUUGGGCGACUUAAUCGAACCCUACCCAAGAUGCUCGAGACCGCCUCGAUUCGUUUGUUCAAUGAUUAUUUGAAACGAAGUCUCGUCGUGGGGCCGAACGCGUGGUGGUCUACAGAGCGUCUCUUAGCGAACCCACUGGAACCAGCCGCACCCAUGUUUGCAGCCCACCACCACUACUACCAUGGUCGUCGUGCGACCGCGGACACCGUGGCCACUGGCAGUGAUCGGACAAAUGCCACCACACCGGUGGUCACAUUUCACCCGGAUUUGGUUACCUCCUCUACCAAUAGGCGUGACCCUGCAAAGAGAGGCUUAUCGGCUGACAGGCCUUCAGACACCGGCUGCCUCCCUGCCGCAUUCGCUUCCGAGUCAACGAGGUUCAUCGCUCUCAUGCUGAGUUGUCUUGAGUCCUCAUAUCGACUAAAGGACCUUUGUGAACGACCAAAUUUCGAGUUUUGUCGUUGCCCGACGAUUUUUGAGGGUGGCACUGAGAACCUUUCCAAUUACCUCGCCUAUCUGAUUGUCCCCCUAUUGUUGCAAUGCAGCACUGGUUGCAAAGACUAUCCAAGCCUCUCCAAGGAGAAUGUGUACUACGCCCUAGAUGUCUGUCUCUCAGGUCUCUUUGUUGGUUCCGAGAAGUGCGCAACAGCAGGUGGGAUCAUCCCACCGGGUGUUUCGGAGACUUCUGGUGCGGGUUCGAGUCGUCCCUCUGGUAUUGCUUCAGAUCACAUUACCUCUGAGGGAAAUAAAAAACCAGGUAUUCACUCCUCCUUCGCCAUCAUGCCCAAUUCGAAAUCCGCACAAUCCUCAGGACCAAUGGGAGACGCUUCUGGUGUCAGUGGAAUCAAGGCGUCCCUUGGACAGAGCAUGUCAGGAACUGUGGGAGUAACUGGUCUUCUUCAGCUUCCCAACCUGCUUGGAGGCCCGGCUGUCACGGGAUCCACUUGGGAAUUGCUUGGACCCUCAGGAUUAGCCUGUGAUCUCGGAGGAGGCCGUGUACACGGUUGCGUGGUGAACCUAAUUGGUCCAACCCUCCACAGCAUGAGACAUCAAAAGGCAGAAGAAGCUCCAGUUCCCACGGGCAAUUCACUUGGGUCUAGCUAUGCCCCUUCCUCUCUAGUUUCAAAUCAUGAAAAGAUCGUCCAGUCACAAAUCGAUGUUGUUCACAGGCUUUCAUUCUUGGGACUUAAACUCAUACUGAUUAUUUACCCCCGCCACGCUCUGGCUAAGGCCCGAUGCAUCAUUGCCAGUCUGGCCAAGCUCGCCUUCUAUAGGUGUUGCGGAGUGCAGUUGUGGAAGUUCCUCGACUUCGUGGUUACAUACAGACCGAGCAUUUUUAUGCACAUGGCACCCUUCUUUCGGUUUCAGGUGCUUAACUUCAAAUGUGAAACUCAAGGCGAGCAGGCCUUUCAGCAAAUUAUCGGACAAAAGUUGAUUGGUCUCCACUUGCCUCCCCAACAAACCAUCCUCUCCCUUUUGAAAGAGCUCCUGCUUGACCUAAAAAUACUAAGGGAGGAGAAACAGAUGAUCAAUUUGAUGCGUCAAAAGCACCAACUCUUCCCAAACCAACGUCAAGCAACUAACAGCUCCAUUCUCUCACCAUCGGCACUCAGCGAGUCUGGAAAAUCCACAACAAUACAAACUAACACCAUGGUUGCUUGUAUAGGUAUCUUAGAAGGCGGUCAAAUGCGGCCAUUUUCUCAAUUUGAAUUCCGCCAAUCUCUUCUCCGUCGGACCUCAGGUAAACGGAUUACUGCUCAUGACGGCAGCCGAUUUCUCAGCCAUCACCGCACUCUGUCACAGAGAAAACCCAUCCUAACCGGUAAGACGUUUAGGGAAUCACAUAACCUACUACUGCUUGAGUCCACUGUCAUGUUCGUUUCGAUUUCAGCCUCUGUGGAAAGUCUGCCUAGGCAAAGCGGUCGUCCUGGGUGUCUUGAUAAGCGCCAGCAGAGCGACGCUGUAGUUAGAGGAGAGUUGAGAACAGCAACGAGUGCAGGAGUUGAAGGGAAAUUUAGUCGUGGUCUUUCCGCCUUGAUUAGUCCCAGUGCUGCCGGCGUGGACGAGGACGGUGAUGGCGAGGGUGUCGGAGAGCUCAACGCACCUGCGAACCCCCUGGUUGCUGCAGCCAUGGCUACGUCCCUCUACGGCUCAGUUUCAAAGCAGGCUCCUGGCCUUUCGCUUCUUUCCGUUAACGGGACCCAUCAGGUAAUGCAUAAUUGGCGAUGGAAGACAACUGGGGCAAUGGAAAGCACCCAAAACUUGAGAACUCCGUUUUCACUGACUUCAGCGGCUCCCUAUACCUUCGUUCGGGAGAAGGCACGUGAAGAAUCGAAUGACUUGAUAGGUCUCUCAAGCCCUCCAGAACCUCCCAAGAGGACACCUUCAAGUACUCAGCGAUUAACAAAGGCUACAGAAGACAUUCCAUUGGUCGAUCUCCAUUCCUCGUCAUCUACCUCAUUAUUUCCACCCUCCAUACAAGAACCACCAACAUUAGCAAUCAGUUUGGAGCCUCCAGAUGCAAUUUCAGCGUCGGUAUCGUCUGCGAUUAGCCAGAAGGAAUAUAAUUUGGAUACUCCGACGAAGGUCCAGUACAUUUAG